CACUGAGCACAGUCGCUCAUUCUGCAGCUGCCAACUCCACGGAUCCCCCAGCCCAAACCAAUGCUGCCUUCUCCGCGAUCAACUGCAGAGAACACGCCCUUAUCCACUACCGAUGACGGGUUACUUGAAAAAUAACCUCAAAGGAAGAUAAAUGGAGGGAAUCGAGAUCAAGUUUUAAAUGUGGCGUCGGAGGUCUCAGCAUGAAGAAGUCUGUGCGUCCCGUGGCGACUAAAGCGAGCGGGGAGAGAGGAAAGGCUGAGGGAGCUGUAUCCACGGGCAACGCUAAACCUGCUGCAAAAAACACUACCUUGUCUAAGGUGAAGAGCAAUGAUGAUCUUUUAGCAGCGAUGGCCGGAGGAAAUCCAGCUCCGAGUGCUGUCUCCUCUAAGACCAAACGAACCACUACCACCGGGACCAUGGACAAACCAAAGACCACUUCAGCAGGUACAUCAACCAAGAGAACCACAUCAUCCACCUCAAAGGAGCCUAAUUCUUCACGGGACCGACUGCGUACAUCCAGAACCUCCACCAACAAGAAACAACAACUCGUCUCUGGGGCAACGAGCGGAGAUGGUACCACAAGUAAACGGGCCAGAAGUCAAAUCCUGUCCGAGUCGGAAAACCGCAUGAGCAAGUCCAAGUCUGACGGGCAGAUCAGUGACAAGGUGGAGCUGGAGUCCAAAGUGAAAGAUCUGUUGGGAUUGGCUAAAAGCAAAGAUGUCGAGAUACUGCAUUUAAGAAGUGAGUUACGGGACAUGAGAGCGCAGCUUCAUUUGGGAGGCAAGGAUGUACCACAACAAGAGGUUUCAGAGGAGGAGGAGAAGCCGAUUGUCUCUGCCAUAACAGCUGCAGAUGUGGAGUCUACGCUGCUUUUAUUACAAGACCAAAACCACGCCAUCAGAGAGGAGCUGAAUUUGUUAAAAAGUGAAAACCGGAUGCUCAAAGACAGGCUGAACGCGCUGGGGUUUUCUCUGGAGCAGCGGCUGGAUGGAGAGAAGCUGUUCAACUACACGUCACUGAGUCCAGACCUGGCAGCAGGGAGUGGGCAGAGUGAUGGAGGAGGCACAGGCUCUGCUCCUGGUUCAUUGGAAGACCUCCUUACCGGACACCAACACGGUGGUUCGGCGGAUAAUCUGGACAGCGAAUCGAGCGAGGUCUAUCAGGCCGUCACCUCCAGCGAUGACGCUCUUGAUGCUCCCUCUGGCGCGUCCUCGUCCUCCGAAUCCGAAUGCGCCCCGAGUCGAGAGCGUUCCAGGAGGGGAAGCAGUGGAAAUGCCAGUGAAGUGUCUGUAGCCUGUUUGACUGAGCGAAUUCACCAGAUGGAGGAGAACCAGCACAGCACAUCGGAGGAGCUUCAAGCCACACUACAGGAGCUCGCCGAUCUUCAACAAAUCACACAAGAGUUGAACGGUGAAAAUGAGCGACUGGGUGAGGAGAAAGUCAUCCUCAUGGACUCUUUAUGUCAACAAAGUGACAAACUGGAACUUUACGGUAGGCAAAUAGAGUAUCUCCGCUCGCUUUUAGAAGAACAUCACAUUUCUUACGCUUUAGAGGAGGAUAUUAAAAGCGGCCGCUACAUGGAGCUAGAACAGCGCUAUGCCGAUCUCGCAGACAACGCACGCUUUGAACGAGAGCAACUUUUAGGAGUCCAGCAGCAUCUUUCUAACACGUUAAAAAUGGCUGAGCAGGACAACGCAGAGGCACAGGAGAUGAUAAGCGCUUUAAAGGAAAGGAACCACCAAAUGGAGAGGAUUUUGGAGUCAGAGAGGCAGGAUAGAGUGGCGAUGGCGGCUCUUGAUGAGUAUAAGGCAGCUGUGAGCAAUGACCAGGCUGAGCUGAGUCGGUGCAGGGGGCAGUUAGAGCAUGAGAGGCAGAGGGUGGCAGAACUGUACUCUUUGCACACGGCUGAGGAUAAAAAUGAUAUCUGCCAGCUGCUGGAUGGAGCCAGACUCGCCAAGGAGGAGGCAGAGGCCAAAGCUGCCAAGAUGCACCAAGAGCUGGAGCAGAUCCACAAUGAGCUGUCGUCACUGCAAGAGACUCUCAGCAAGCUGGACCAGGAGUACCGGGAGUUCCAGGAGCAGGCGCAGCAGCAGAUCUCUGAACAGGAGCGGGCCAUCGAGAAACAGAGAAUGGAAAUCCAAGAGAAAGACACAGAGAUCGCAGACAUGAAGGAAACCAUCUUUGAGCUGGAGGACGAGGUGGAGCAGCAUCGAGCGCUAAAGCUACAUGACAAUCUGAUCAUCACCGACCUCGAGAACUCAGUGAAGAAGCUGCAGGACCAAAAACAUGACAUGGAGCGAGAGAUAAAGAUCCUUCAUCGGCGUCUAAGGGAGGAGUCUAUGGAGUGGCGUCAGUUCCAGGCUGAUCUGCAGACAGCUGUGGUGAUCGCUAAUGACAUCAAGUCUGAGGCUCAGGAGGAGAUUGGGGACCUGCGGCGCCGCCUGCAGGAGACUCUGGAGAAGAACGACAAACUGAGCAAAGAGCUGGAUGAGGUCAAGAGCCGCAAGCAGGAGGAGGAGCGGGGUCGUGUGUAUAACUACAUGAACGCGGUGGAGAGGGACUUGGCUGCGCUCAGACAGGGCAUGGGCCUGAGCAGAAGAUCUUCCACCUCCUCAGAACCUUCGCCCACUGUCAAAACACUCAUCAAGAGCUUCGACAGUGCCUCACAAGGUCCCUCCCCCACUGGAGCUGCUGUGGCUCCAACUGCUUCAGCUGCUCCUAUGCCUCGUACACCCCUGAGCCCCAGCCCCCUGAAGACCCCCCCUGCUGCUGCCGUCUCACCCAUACAGAGACACUCUUUGACCUCAUCGAUGUCAGCAGCCAAACCCCUGUCUUCCAUGAAUGACAAGAGGAAUACUUAUACAGACAUCUCCAUGCCAGCAGAGCAUUCGUUCAGAGGAGCAGCAGCAGCCCGGCCUCAGUCUGCUCUACAGAGGGUUUCCAAUAUCGACUCUGCCAAAGCUAUCUCAGUGUCUAGGAGAAGCAGUGAGGAGAUCAAGCGGGACAUUUCAGCUCCAGAUGUGGCGCCCUCUGCUGGCUUGAUGACUAUCAGUGCAGGCUCCUCUCCUCUGUCUCUGUCCUCCUCUUCUCCCACUGCCUCCGUCACCCCCACAGCACGCAGCCGACUCAGGGAGGAGAGAAAGGAUCCACUGUCUGCUUUGGCCCGUGAAUAUGGAGGCUCAAAGAGGAAUGCUCUGUUAAAAUGGUGUCAAAAGAAAACAGAGGGAUAUCAGAACAUUGACAUUACAAACUUCAGCAGCAGUUGGAAUGACGGGUUAGCCUUCUGUGCAGUUCUCCACACUUAUCUGCCCGCUCACAUCCCCUACCAGGAGCUCACCAGCCAGGACAAGAGGAGAAACUUCACAUUAGCUUUCCAGGCUGCUGAGAGUGUUGGGAUCAAAUGCACUUUGGACCUUAAUGAAAUGGUGCACACGGAGCGGCCAGACUGGCAGAGUGUCAUGACCUACGUUACGGCCAUCUACAAAUACUUCGAAACUUGACUUCUAAAAAUCUGACCAAUCAUAAUUCAUCACCACAACCUGCAGUUUUACCUCACAAGACCUAAAUUUCUCCACAGUUACAGUCUCAUUUCUUCAUUUCAAAAUGGACUUGAACUUUACUUCGAACAACACUAAAGAGGGAGGACAGGCACUCUCCCAAAGCUACACUUGCUGAGUCUAUAAGGGCUUUUUAUCUUGUAUGUCUAUGCUGUUACACUGGUAAGGCACAAUCGCUAUAUGCCUGCAAAUACAAUAGCAUACAAGACCAUCUGUACAUGAAUUAGGUAAAAAUAGUGCCUUUUAUAGCCUUGUAGUUUUUGCUUAUUAAUAUAUUUAAUUUUGUGUCUUUUAUUUAGUUGUGAAUAUUUGGUUAUGAGCCAGAAACCAAAUGUUUGAUUCUAGGCUAGGCAUAGCGAACCAUCUGCCUUAUAGCAUGUAUAGUAUUACGUCAGAUGCCCUUCCUGAAACCAUUACACUUAACCAGGAGCUGGCACAAAGGGUACACUGGCUUGUUUCUGGAUUAAAUCUGAAAUGAAGUCAAAUUUCAAGGAGCUAGAGUAGCCAUUUGUACCAUGCACACUUGCCUCAACAUUAUUGAAAUAAGUGCCUGUUUUAAGACCAGGAGGUGACUUUACACUACAAGUUACUAAGCUUAAAAUAAUAGUUGCCAAAAUCUUUAGUAUUAUGAAUUUCCUUCCACAGAGAAUUGAGAAUGAAUACAUGCUAUACAUCUGCAUUAGAAGCACAUUUUGUAACUCAAAUUUUCUAUUUGCAUUUAAUUUUAAAAUCGAAAAUUGAGCACAUAAUCACAUCAUUUAUUAAUUUGACCAAAAUGUAUUAAUUUGUCAAGAGCUUAAAUUAGGUUGGACAUACAUACACUGUACAAUCUUCAAUAUAGGUCAAUAGCUACAAAAGCAAACGUCACAUUGCAGUUUUUUGUCUUGUUUUUUUUUUUUUCUAAAUUGCAGUAUGAGUAAGAUUCUGAUUGUGCCAAUGACUUAAUAUGUGUUUCCUUUGACUCUACUCCUUUUCAGUAGUUAGCCUGGUCAGCCAAACCCAUCGCCCUAAAAACAUCUGCAGUCUCUUCAUAGCUAUUUACUCUUCGGUCAACCAAUGCCAUACAUCGAAAAAGGGCUGUUAUUCUGCAUAUUGUUUGUCUGUAUGCCUUCCCAAUUGAGAAGCUAAUCAUUUUCGGUAUACCCUCUUAAAAUCACUUAGAUUGAUCUGUAAAUAAUGUAAAAAUAAUAUUAUCUUGGCUGACCAAGCUACCUGAAAUCCUACAGUUUUUUGUGACUGUUUUGUGUGCCUCGCUCUACCAAUAUCACUGUAUUUAUUUGCAUGAUUUCAGCUCUUUUUUGCAUUUCACAUGAAGUAGCUGCACUGAGAUAAGCUGUUUUAAUGCCAUUUAUUUCUUGCCUUAAUAGUCAGAAAUACUGUGAUAGUCUUGUGUGAAUGUGUGGAUCUGAUUUUGAAACUUCUCUUGGCUAGGACAAUGAAUAUUUUUUCCAACUGUCCAUCAUCAUCCACGGAUUGACUAUAUCUUACUUAAAAAUGGUACUAAAAUACUAAAUCAUGACAUAUUUCACACUUUGGUUAGAGUUGCUGGCUGUUGCCAACGUAAAACUUCUGUGAAGAACAUCACCUCUGUGUUGCUACCCAGUCUGCAAAACUUUGUUUCCUGUGCGUAGGUGUAUCUUACCGCACAAUUUAUCAUGACAUUUGAGUAGAUAUGAUUGUUACUGCCCAAUCCUAAUUCACUUUCAACAUUCACAACCUGAUGGAAGGUUGGAUAUUUUUUUAUAUAUAUUUUUGUUUUGUUCAUUGUUUUAUUUCAUGGCUAUGUUGAAAAUCUGUGACAGCUACCAAUUUUCUUUUCUAUUUGUUAAGGCAUAGUCAUGUUUCCCUGCAUUGUAUGUCAAACAAUGUAUUGAGUUAAACUGAAUCAAAACUAUUUACUUUUGUUGCCAGAUAAUUAUUGCAUUCCCUUCUUUACAGUGUUCAAUUUCGUUUUAUUUACUUGAACACAAUGAUAGCUUAAUUCAACUAAAAUGUGUUUGUUUUCAUCUCAAACGAUUAUUCAAAGAAAACCGUCAUAUGCUCUCAUUACAUACACUAUGCAGCACUGAACAGGCUAACCGAAUAUGUUUGUGUGUGUGUUUAUACUUACGGGACUAAGCUACAGUAUUAGUUGGAUUUUUUGAUGAUAAUCAGUUAAAAUGCUGUAUGGUCUUGAUGCUUUAUUUUCUCGUCACACUUAUAAAGGACCAUUGGAAA